AUGGUUUACAUUUCUCAUCCAUCUCUGGCAGGGGACAGACCCUCUUAUUUGCAUGCUUAUAAAGAUAUACUCAAAUCACAUAGACGCUCGCCACUGGCAUCGGCGUCCUCAGUUAAUAUCUUGGUCUCACCGGAUGUAGAUUCCCUCUGUGCUACGCGAAUGCUUGCUACACUUUUUAAGCAAGAUGACAUAGCAUAUCGUAUUGUCCCAGUUUCCGGUCUAGAUGAUUUACAAACUAUCAAGGACGAUCUUUUUAACAACACCGACCUUCAUACUUUAAUCCUGAUUAAUUUGGGUUCCAACUUGGAUCUGGCCGAUGGCAAUUGGUUUGGCACUUUUGAUACCAAGGUUUCAAUACACGUCAUCGAUUCGAGUAGACCUAUGGCUUUGCCCAACUUGUUUCUGGGUGGCGAAAAUGGCUCGCGGAUACUAGUUUGGGAUGAUGGACACGCCGAGAAACUUACGGAAGAGAAAAAAUCAUGGGAAGUGAUUGAGUAUGAGAUUGAGCCUGACCCUGAGCAAACCGACCGUGAUAGUGAAAAUGAUUUGUCUGACGAUGGAUCAGAGGACGAGGAAGGCUUCGAAGAAGACGAUAACGACUUCACUGGAAGCGAGCACGCCGACAUACCUACCUUUGAACCAAAUUUACCAUCCAAAAGACGUAAACUGGAGGCACUGAAUCGCUCGCGAAAGCGACAGCGACGGGAACCUAAGGCAUGGGGUAUGUCCCUUGAGGAAUAUAUAGCCCAUCGAAGGAUGGUUGACAAGUACUAUGAAUCCGGAUUAUCAUAUGGACAAAGUGCAUCCAGCGCGAUCUACUUGUUGGCCACACUAUUGGAACGUGUGGACAACGACUUUUUGUGGCUUGCCAUACUGGGACUUACGCAUCAAUACAUCACUUCUCGCAUAUCUCGAGAGGUUUACGAGAAUUAUCAUUCAGUUUACUAUGACGAAGUUUCACGACUGAAUCCACGAUUGGCGGUUAACGAUAGUGUCCACUCCUUGGUAUCUAUCAACCCAGAUGACAUGGGCGUGCGAACAAGCGAAGAACUGCGGUUUAUGUUAUUUCGACACUGGACCUUGUAUGAUGCGAUGUUUCAUUCAAGUUAUGUCGCCGGAAAAUUAGGAAUCUGGAAGGAAAGGGGCAGACAAAGGUUGACAGGCCUCCUUGCAAAGAUGGGUUUUUCUAUUCCUCAAACACAACAGCCCUACUCUCACAUGGACAUGGAUUUGAAAAAGACUUUGAUAGAUAAGUUAAAUGACAUUGCACCCGAAUACGGCCUAGUCGAGCUAUCAUACCCUUCGUUCAUGAGAUGUUUCGGUUUUCACAGUCAGCCUUUAUCAGCGGCUGACGCUGUUGAGGGGAUAACUGCGUUGUUGGAUGUUGCAGGAGGCCUGCGCCUGGAAAUUGAGAUUGAAGGAAUGCGGAAUGGUGGAGAGUGGUUUGGUGGCGGUCGAACUUGGGAGGGCACUGACUUAACCAGGGCUGUUCCGAAGUCAGAUAUUGAUUAUAAACCACAAUCGGUCGACUCCGCUCGGCAAAACGAGGUCGAUGCAGAAGAGGAUCCAUCUAAACCACGAGGAGAGCCAGCUUGGUGGAUGAAAAAUUUCUGGGUGGCUUAUGACGCUCUUUCUGAUAUCGAUGCACUGAAAGGAUCAUUGAGUUUGGCAAUGUCUUUACAGCGAGCUAUCAUCCGUCAGGGCACAUCCAUAAUCGACAAACAGGAUAUCAAAACCAUGAGAAACCAUCGCGUUGUAAUCCUUUCUCAGGGACCAGAUCUCGCUCUAUUCUGUAAUCCUGGCAUGCUUUGGCGAUUAGGGCUUUGGCUGGCGGAAGCUCUUCGGGAACGGUUACCUGGGACGGUUGUUGGGUUAUCAAAAAGGAAAUUUCUUCCAAUCGUGAUUGCCUGUCUCGACGAGGCGCGAAAUAUGUAUACUAUCGUUGGGAUGAUGGCAGCGCUGGAAUUUGAUCAAACCCGUAAAAAUCAGUUUGGCCUGGCUUUCAUAAAUGCGAAAUCGGCAUUCAAGCUUUCUGCUCAAUUUUCUGGCUUUCAUUCCAACAUAAUACAAAUUGACAAGAUGGGUUUAAAAGAUUUCCUAAAAAAAUUAUGCUAA